AUGGCGUCUUCAUCAGAAGCACUCUUUCAUCCCUCAAAAUAUGUGACGCGAGCUCUCAAAGACUCAGAUGAUACACUGGAGGCUAUAGAGACCAUCCAGUCAGAGAAUAAAGUCAAAAUCCCGUCCAUACACGCAGCCCUUUCUCUGCUUGACCUCCAUGGGAUCAGCAGGGAGGAAACUCAUCGUAGCCUUUUCAAGACACUCCAAGAGAACUUGACCGAGAGACUCACUUCACUGGACAGCAAGAGUAUCAAGAGGCUCCUGGACAAAGCUUUCCAGUAUACGUCGGUCCCAGAGAUCUGUAGCGUGGUCAUGAAAAUGCUUGAGACACUCUCAGCUCAGCAACCGAUAGACGAAAAAUAUUUGCUAGAGAUUGCUGAAAAGGAAGAACUAUAUAAUGACUGCCCCAUAAUUGUUAAGAGGCAGAUAUGGCAGCUUAAUCCUGGCGUAUUUGGAGAGGCUGUGAGCCCACUGCUUGACCAGUACAUUGCAGAAAAGGAAUCGCAGCUAUUUAACAUAUCAGAGCAGAGCUUCUUCAUGCAGCCUGUGAAGGCAAGGAGGCAAUCCUCCAUAUUAAAGCAGCUUGUUGAAAUGCUUGGAACUUCACUUCCUUUAUAUAAUACACUCACACAGUUUCUAAGGACUCUCUUUCUUAGAACUAGAGUUGGACAUUAUUGCACUCUAAGAGCAGAUAUCAUUAUGAUGCUCCAUGAAAAAGAUAACGUCAUUAUGGAUUCUGACAGGUGCCACAAGUUUGCCUGGUGUCUGGAUGCUUGCAUAAGAUCUUGUACUGUCGAUGAGAAGAAACUGAGGGAACUCUAUGCAUUUCUUGACACCAUUCCAGGUGGAGAUGAUGUACUGGAAGAUGUAUCAAUGCUGCUGCGGGACCCAUUCAUUCUUUAUACAAUCAGUCGCUCGGUUGUACUUAGUCUCCAUAAGAUGAUGAAUGAGAGCAAGUUACCACGAGAAAGCAGUCAUUUGGAGAGUCUACUUCGUUUGUUGUUCAUCGGCUUGAAAUCAGCUAGUUACUUGGAAACUAAGUCAUACAGUGGAGAUCCAUUGGAAAUUGAUAUCAUAAUAAAAUUUCUUCCCGAGCUCCUGUCCUUCAUGACAGAGUCAUCACUAAGGCUAAUCCACAGUAAACUAAAGCAGGACUACCCAGCAUACACCCUAUCUUCAUCUUUCAUCAGACACCUGACAUCAACCACUGGGGCAAUGCAACUCACAACAUCCUACUCACUCUACCUCAUCGACAAAAAAGACUUUAAAACUCUCUCCUCUCUCCUUCCAGCCAUUGCUUCUUCAUACACCGAAUCAGAAACUGAUAUAUUUCCUGAUGGAUACAUGAACUCGGUUGUGGUUGGCGUAAGCUCUCACUUGGGGACAAUUAGAGAAGCCACAUUGCUAGCGAUAAUCAGAGAGUUCUUCCUGCCUUGUGCUAGACACUCGGAGAUGUGCCUGCUCUAUUUGUGCAGGUUUCUCUGGGUCGGCUCCAAUAAAAUAAAGAGAGAGAUUGUCCAGGAGACACUGGACGAAAUGAGACCUGCAACUGAUCAGGUUAGUCCAAUGGCUCAGGACCAGUAUCAGGAACUAGUUGAUAGAGUGAACAGCUACACUCAAUAAUCAGAACACCAUAGUCUUUUCUGUUACAUGUGUAUAACUUUUGUCAUUCACUUUUCUUCAUUCCUAAUUUCUCUCUUAUUUUCUUUAUAAUAAUUAAAUAUAAAAAAUAUACAAAAAGAGACCUAACCAACCAAAAAUAAAUACAAUUCAUUUUGUCCUUCAUUUAUCCUCUCAAAG